CCGUUGUCCGAUAAUUACGUCACAAAUCCUUCCUUGACCCGGAAAGCCUCGUUCUCAUGAGUUAUGAGAAAAUAGCAUUUCAUCUCGUUGGUUCAUAUGAACAAGGCUCCCAGGCAAAGGAGCGACCGAAAUACAGGGUACGAUAAUUUGCAUACUUUCCACUUCUAAUAUGACAGUCUGGUACUAACAUGUGCACAAGUUGGCUUGUAGCAAUGCCAUUCCAACAACUUGUCAACAGGAUGUGUUCAUACUGCUUGUUCCCAGUUUAUUGACAACUUGCUACAAGGUUGUUGAGCUCAACAGACUUGUUCCAACAAUUUGUUAUCAUCCUGUAAUUCAACAAUUUGUCAACAAGUUGUGAGUGACAACCUUGCAGCAACUUGAUAAAAUAACAGCAUUGUUACAACUUGUUGACAAGCUUGCGACAAGUCUGUUGCAAACACAUCUUGUUGACAAGUUGUGAGGUUUUAUGUGUAUAAAAUACAUUUUGACAGUUCUCAUCAAACUAACUCAAUUAAAUACCUUAGAUACCAUCAGCUGUGAUGAGCCUCGCUCCCACUGUGAGAACAAUGGAUCUAUCAAAAAAUCAAUUAACUGCAAUUCCUGUGGCACUGGGAAAUUUUACUGAAUUGAAACAGCUAAAUGCUGAACAUAAUGAAAUUGGUAGGUUAUGUGUUCAACAAGCCAUCAUCCAUUCUUUUCAAUCAUUAAAAUGGAAUGAAUCACAAUUAGUGAAGAUUCAAGGGGGAUACCAGCAAUAACCCCCCCCCCCCCAGUUGUACCAUUUGUGAUGAAAGUACCCCUCUCCAAAAUCUAUUUUUCGGAUCAAUCCAUUAUUAGAUCCGUAAUGAGCUCCUUUUUUCAUUUCUUGUCUUGUAGGUAACCUACCAAACGAACUAACAGGAAUGAAAAAACUAGAAAAUUUACAACUGGGCUACAAUCGUAUCCAAGAAAUCCCAUCAUCAUAUUCAAAAUUCAAGAACUUAAAAUCUAUUUAUAUACAAAAUAACAAACUGACGAUUUUUCCAAUAUGUCUCUGUGAGCUUAGACAUCUUGAUGUUAUUGACCUUUCUGAGAAUAAAAUUCAAGAACUGCCCGAAAAUAGUGAAAAGCUACAAUGUAUUGAACUUAAUAUGAACAUGAACCAGUUAAAAGGUAUUCCUGCGUCUCUAAGUUUGUGCCCAAGGCUUAAAGUUUUACGUGCGGAAGAGAAUUUGCUGGAACUGGCAUCUAUAACAAGUGAAUUUUUAAAGAAUUCUCAAGUUUGUGUGUUGGCAGUUGAUGGAAAUUUGUUUCAAAUGAAAGAUCUCUCUGAUAAAGAUGGCUAUGACAAGGUGUGUUCAGAAAAACAAAAGCAAACCAAUUUACAAUUCAUCUAAUGAGAUCGUGCCCCCAUCAAUAAAGCCUUUUGACGCCGACAACAAAUUAAAUUUUUAACUAAAUGAUUUUAUUUUUUAUUCAAUUUUCUAGUACAUGGAAAGAUACACCGCAAGCAAAAAGAAAUUCUUUUAGGAUCUCAAUAAUAAUUUACGAUAACGCCCAUUCAUGGCUAGUUCCAAGACCCUAAGGCCAAAUAAAAAAAAAAUACUUGGUUUUUCCACCAUAUCGGUGAUAUUUUUUGUACUGAUGUUGCGAAGGCCGCCAUUUUGCUUUAAGAACCUUGUAUACCCAAGCCUACUUUCAAAUUUCAAAUAUUAAACUGUUUUAAGCUGUAAAACGAAGAGAUUUACAUAAAAAAAAAUUUAAAAAAAUUCAGAGGCGGCAGAAAAUCGAGAGGCGGGCGGUGACGCUAACCAAGUAUUUUUUUUUUAUUUGCCCUAAAUUCGUGGUUGAAAGAAAGAUAUUAUCUGUAAAGUAUUAUAGUUUCUCCUAAAAAACUGGCCCGCGCAAAAAUAACUUAGUCUUAGAAGAUCUUAGAUCUUCACAUAACUAGCAGGUUCUUACUUUGAACGUUUGCAUAUAGCAAUAAUAAAUAUACAAUUUCCACAAACUAAAACAUGUACAAUUUAAUAGAUGGCUUAACUACAGCGGGCUUAACUGACCCAACUAGCUUUAAGAUCUUAACUGACGCAAAUAUAUAGCUUUAAUUAAGGGCUCAACUGACGCAACUGGCUGAAAAAUAAGACCGAACUUCCCGCUGAGAUUCAAAAUAGAGGAUCUAGGCUGAUUUUUGCGUGCGUUUUCGAAGACUGUAUCUGGUCUAUAUAUAUAUAGCUAAUAUAUUCGAGGCAACUGUAUUUUUGUAAUUACUGACAGCUGAAGAGCGAGAAAGAUACAAUAGAAACAGAAGGAGCAAAGACAAUUAUCUGCCAAAAAUAUACUUCUGACGGUACGAUACCGCAGCUAUCUGCUUCCGUUCAAGAUACAGUAAAGUAAUUACUAUACAGAAAACACAACAUAUUUAUAUCUGCAGACACGUCAUGAAAAACUUAACCAAAACUUAGAUUUAUUCAUUCUUGUACUUACGAACUAGUUUACUCAACUUUUGUAGUAUAGCUAUUGUUAAGGUUGUCCUUCCAGUUUCUAACCUUAGACCUUAAACUUCCUUAAUUAAACCUGUUAUUUUACUUUUUUUUACAAUUGUAAGCAAACUACAUUUCAGCAGC